AUGGCAUCAAGACCUCACGUCGUCGUUAUCGGGUACGUACAACAUCUCCUUCCCUUCCCUUCCGCAUCAAAAACUAAACAAACAAAUAGCGCUGGUGUCAUCGGUCUCACGAAUGCCGUCUGGCUCGCGGAAGCUGGGUAUACAGUCACCAUCAUCGCCGCUCAUGUUCCUGGAGAUGAGAGUAUAGAGUAUACCUCGCCGUGGGCCGGGGCGCAUUGGCGGACCCAUGCUACGGUCGAUGAGCCGGAGCAAUGCGAUUGGGACGUCCAGACGUUCAAGUAUUGGGAAGAACUGCUGGAGAGAGAAGCGCGGGAUGACGGAUUGCCGAGAUCUGGACUCAAAGUAAGUCUGUUCGUUCACCACCCACCCGGCCACCCUUUUAUCCUUUAUCCUUUGAAGAAGAAUUCGAAAUGGAGAUUUCUGACUGGCAGUCUUAUUGCUUUCUCUUUCUAGAUGCAAGAAUCAAUCCACUACUGGGAUUCCGCACACAUCCACGAAGACCUCUGGUGGGCAGUCCACGUCAAAAAUUUCAAACAACUCUCCCUCCUGCGGGAUCCGAUCCUCUCCAUCAAUCGCGAUUCCCCUCCGCACGCGCCACGCAUCCGCUGGGGCGCCACCUCCCGCGCCUGCUCGGUCAACGUCCCGCGCUACCUCGUCUACCUCCAAGAACGCGCCCGCGCGAGCGGCGCCAUACUCUUCCAAUCCCGACUCCCCACAGACGGCGGGUUGGAGAAAGCCCUGACGACGGCAGAGGGGAUUUCGAAAAUCCUCGGCCGAGGGGGAGUAGAUGUCUUUGUGAAUGCGACGGGUCUCGGCGCGAGGGCGAUCUGUGGCGAUGAGGGCAUGGUUCCCAUUCGAGGGCAGACGGUUCUUGUAAAGGGCGAAGCGAGCGCCACGAGGACUCGGUAUCAUGGUGGGGGGGAGAUCAGUCGGGGGAUGAGUUCGUAUGUGAUCCCGCGGCCGGGGUCGGGCACGACGAUUCUGGGCGGGACCAAGGAGCGGGGGGAAUGGAGUGGGGAGACGGAUGCGGAAGUUAUUGGGAGUAUUUUGGAACGGUGUAGUUGGAUGGCACCGGAGUUGUUGACGGGGGAGGAUGGUGGGUUUGAGGUUGUGAGUGCUCAGGCUGGGUUGAGGCCUGGGAGGGAGGGAGGGCCGAGGGUUGAGAGGGAGGUUGUGGGGGAUUGGAAAGUGGUGCAUUCGUAUGGGAAUGCUGGGGGUGGGUAUCAGAAUUCUGUGGGUGUGGCGAGGAAAGUUUUGAGGUUGGUGGAGGAGAGUAUUGGUGGUGGUGUGAUGAGUGCGAAGCUGUGA